UGUGCUUCACAAAGCUUUCCUCAUUAAUGUUCACACAGUUCUGUGAAGGGAUAAAGCUCUCUAUGAAGGACAUAAAAGGGAAAAGUUAGAAAUGGUGGGCAUGAAGAUUGCAACAAGCUUUUAAGAUGAUCUGAGAUAAAAUGGGAAGAUGUGGUAGUGUUUCUCUUUGCUGCUUUGAUGGUAACAUAUUGGUGUUGGACAUUGGUCUAACAAGAAGGCAUUCCUAGUACCAAUCUGUGGAGCCCGUAACAUUGUAUUAACUCAUUCCUGUAGGACAUCUUUAACUCUUGGGUACAAUUGCCUCACAUUUUUAAUCCAGAUUGACCGGGGAACCAGAAAAGGAUCUAUAUGGUAGCUCAAGUCACCUGACCAAGCUUCAGCAACCCCAGGAUCACAAACACCAUGGGGAAGCCAAAGAAGAAAGAAGAGGCUGUCUUUCUGAGGCAGAAGAUCACUCUGUUGAGGGCUUUCUCGUUCCUCAUUGGCAGCAUGGUGGGCAGCGGUAUAUUCAUCUCUCCCAAAGGCGUGCUAAAGAACACCGGCAAUGUGGGCCUGUCCUUAAUUGUCUGGUUUGCCUGUGGGAUUCUCUCUAUGUUUGGUGCUCUGAGUUACGCAGAACUUGGCACACGAAUCACAAAGUCUGGAGGCCAUUACGUCUAUAUUUUGGAGACUUUGGGCCCUCUGCCAGGGUUCUUAUUUCUAUGGGCUGAAUACUUCGCAAUAAGGCCUGCCAACAGUGCUGUUGUUGCCUUAGCUUUUGGACGCUACAUAUUGGAACCAUUUUUUGCUCCCUGUCCGGCUCCACUUUCGGCUGUAAAACUUGUUGCUCUUCUUGGCUACUACAUUGUCCUCAUCUUGAACUCUUGGAGUGUCACAUGGAGUGCCCAGCUUCAGACCAUCUUAUCCAUCAUCAAGUUGGCUGCUCUUGCUCUCAUCAUUGUCCCCGGCAUGAUGCUUUUAGCCCAAGGCCAUAUUGAAAAUUUCCAAGAUCCUUUCAACAGCGAGAUGCUCGUUUUGGACAAGCUGCCAUUAGCUUUUUAUGCAGGGAUGUUUGCAUAUUCGGGAUGGUUUCAAACUAGUUUUGUACGAGAAGAGUUAGUGAAGCCAGAACGAAACCUCCCUCUGGCUGUGAUUGUGUCGGUGAUCACUGUGGUUAUUGGGUAUAUGCUUACUAAUGUUUCCUACUACACCGUACUGACAGCAGCAGAUGUCCUUGCCUCCCAGGCAGUAGCCGUGAGUUUUGCACGCAAAGCAUUCCAGAGCCUCAUCUCAGUGAUCCCGAUCCUGGUUUCCUUGUCUUGCUUUGGAACCAUGAAUGGAGGUAUCUUUACAUUCUCAAGGACACUCUUUGUCGCUUCAAGGGAGGGUCAGUGGCCUCCUCUCUUCUCUAUGAUCCAUAUCCAUAGACAUACACCCCUCCCAGCUGUCAUGUUGAUGUUCCCCCUGGUUACAGCCAUGAUUUGUGUGGGAGAGCUCUACCACCUGCUGAACUUCUUCAGCUUCUCCCGGUGGCUCUUCAUUGGCUUAGCUACCCUUGGACUUACAGUUCAUCGUUGCCGUCAUCCCGAGAUAUCGAGCCCAUUCAAGGUUCCCCUCUUCAUCCCAGUUUCCUUUACAAUCAUCUGCCUUUUCACGGUGGGAAUGUCUUUCUACUCGGACCCAGUCAGUAUCAGCAUCGGCUGCGCCAUGGUUUUAAGUGGCUUUCCAGUUUAUUAUUUGCUCACGAACGGAUUCAUGCCGAAUGGUUGCCGUACUACAUUCUAUUAUCUUACGUUGAAGCUUCAGAUACUCCUGAAGGUCGUACAACAAGAGAUCAAGACUUAUUGAGGAGCAUAAACCAGGGGGCAUUACAACCCUCUCCUGAAAUAUGCCUUUCAACACUGAUUACAUGAAGCUGCCUUCUCUGUUCGCUUAUAAUUCAUGUCACGCCAUGGAGCCCAUAUCUCCUGGAAUUACUACUAUUUCUGCUUCCAGUUUGGUGUUUUUAACACUGGAUGGAUAAGUCACAAAGUGAUCAAAGGCCCUGGAAAGCUUGUGUGAUAAAUCACACCGUGAACUGUGUUAGAGUUGGCACCCAUGCUAGUCCUGAUGUUGGCUUCAUCUGCCAUCCAGGUGGGCAUGAGUGAAUCUAACCUCUGAUUUUUGGCUCACAGGGAUCCACCUGAAUCCAUGCUCCAUCGAUCAGUGCAAGCUUCUGUGGAGUGAACAGUUAUUUGUUGAUUUUGAAUUCGUAUUGUACAGAAUGAGGGAAAAUUGCCUUGUC